AUGGAAGAAGAUAAAGAUGUUAAAGCUUCAUCAUCAAUUACUGGAAGUCCUAAAAGAAAGAAAUUAUUUGAAAUAAAGAAAUGGAAUGCUGUUGCUUUAUGGGCUUGGGACAUUGCUGUGGACAAUUGUGCCAUUUGUCGUAAUAAAAUCAUGGACUUAUGUAUUGAAUGUCAAUCCAAUCAAGAUUCAGCGUCUAAAGAAGAAUGUACAGUUGCAUGGGGCACAUGUAAUCAUGCUUUUCAUCUUCACUGCAUAUCUCGUUGGUUAACAACUCGUCAAGUAUGUCCACUUGAUAACAAAGAUUGGGAAUUUCAGAAGUAUGGUUUAUAG